AUGGCAAUUGAAAGGUCUUUUGGAUUGCUUAAAGGGCGUUUUCGCAGUCUCCUCACCACACUUGCUAUGGAGCGUGUGGAUCUCAUUCCAAAAUACAUUAUAGCAUGCUGUGUAUUACACAAUAUAUGUUUAUUGAAGAAUGAUGAUUUUCCAAGUACAGUUGAGUUAUUACCAGAAGCCGUACAAUAUCAUGAUCAAGUAGGAGGCAAUGUUGCUGUAAACCGACUAGGGUUAAUUAAGAGAUAUGACAUUUGUGAACGUCUAUUGUGA